AUGAGAGUCAAGAAGCCUACAUCCAAGAGAACCACUACCCGUAUGAGGGAGGGUAUCAAGAAGAAAGCAGCAGCUCAAAACAGAAAGAACAGAAAGAAUGCUAAGAAGGAUGUUACUUGGAAAUCAAGAGUUAAUAAAGAUCCUGGUAUUCCAGCUAGUUUCCCUUAUAAACAUAGAAUUCUUGAAGAAUUAGAAGAACAAAGAAGAGUUGAACGUGAGAAGAGAGAAGCUUUGAAAUUACAAAAACAACAGGAACGUGCUGAAGCCUUGGCUAGAGGUGAAUUAGUGGAUGAUGCCAUGGAUCAAGAUGAUGAUGAAGAUGAUGAAGAAGAUGAUGGUCAAGGUGGAUUAGCUGCUUUGUUAGAAUCUGCUCAACAAGCUGCUAAGAAAUAUGAUGGUGAUGAUGAUGAUGAAGAUGAAGAAGAUAUGGAAGAUGAAGAAGAUGAUGUUCAAUAUGAUCUUGAUAUCACUGUUGAUGAAGAUGAUCAAGAUCAUAGUGAAGUUGAUAAAUCUCGUAGAGCUUACGAUAAAAUUUUCAAAACUGUGGUUGAAGCUGCUGAUGUUAUAUUAUAUGUCUUAGAUGCUAGAGAUCCUGAAUCUACCAGAUCAAGAAAAGUUGAACAAGCUGUAUUACAAAAUCCUGGUAAAAGAUUAAUCUUAGUAUUAAAUAAAGUUGAUUUAAUUCCAACCAAUGUCUUAAAUCAAUGGUUAAAUUUCUUAAAAUCAUCAUUCCCAACUAUUCCAAUCAAAGCAUCCCCAGGAUCAACUGGUUCAAAUUCAUUUAAUAAGAAUUUAACUUCAGCCAUGACAUCUCAAGCUUUAUUACAAGCUUUAAAGAGUUAUGCAGCUAAAUCAAAUUUAAAAAGAUCAAUAAUAGUAGGUGUAAUUGGAUAUCCUAAUGUGGGUAAAUCAUCUAUAAUAAAUGCUUUAACCAAUAGACAUGGAAAUAAUUCUAAAGCAUGUCCAGUAGGAAAUCAAGCUGGUAUUACAACUGCUAUGAGAGAAGUUAAAAUUGAUAAUAAAUUAAAAGUCUUAGAUUCACCAGGUAUAGUUUUCCCUGAUGAAAUCAUUAAUACUAAGAAAUUAUCUAAAGUUCAACAAGAAGCAAAAUUAGCUUUAUUAUCUGCUCUUCCACCUAAACAAAUCAUAGAUCCAAUUCCAGCUGUACAAUUAUUAUUAAGAAAACUUGCUAAAGAUAAUGAAAUGGCUGAUGGUUUAAAAGCAUAUUAUCAAUUACCUGCUCUUCCAUCCGCUGAUUUAGAAGAAUUUUCCAAACAAUUUUUAAUUCAUGUUGCAAGAAGUAGAGGUAGAUUAGGUAAAGGUGGUAUUCCAAACUUAGGUGCUGCUGCUUUAUCUGUGUUAGCUGAUUGGAGAGAUGGUAGAAUCAUUGGUUGGACCUUACCAAAAUCAUCCAAAGCUACUGCUGAUAAAGCUUUAGAAGAUUAUAAUCCUGAUGCCCCAAAGAGUUCAUUAAGAGGAGAUAAAGAACCACCAAAAGUUGAACAAACUACUAUUGUUAGUGGUUGGGCUAAAGAAUUUGAUCUUGAUGGAUUAUUAGGCGAUAAUUUUGGACUUGAAGCUUAG